UUAUUUCACACAAAUUGCGAUAGUUUUUUUUUGCUACGAUAUAUAUUAAGGCAAUAAAUAUUUUUGUUACUUUCUUCUCGUCGUUUUUAUAACGGGCCUCUAAAUUUAAAUACACUUAAUUAAGAUGUCAAUCUAACAAAUCGAUUCAGACUUGUACGUAUGUAUAAAGACAACUUUGUAACAGCAUCAAAACAAAUUUAGUUCAAUCCGUCCCUAGAACGUAAACUAAUUCAUAGCGAUCGGCAUAAAACUGCCUUUGACUACAUGAGGAUUUGUCACAUAUAUCGUAUUUUCUUUAACUAACAAUGUAAUCGAUGACUUAAAUAAUUACGAACAAAAUCUGAUUCUUUAUAUGUUCAAUCAAUUUAAUAAUUUGUAGAUUAUUCAAUAGCACCCUUUUACAAAACAAAAUUAUUCUCAAAUUUAUAAUGACACUUAUUAUCAAUGCCGAUAUGUUUAGAAAAUUAAGUCAUGUCCUUUAUCAAGUAGACUUCUCUAGGCAAAUGGUCUUGGGUUUAAAUGUUCGCAAAUUAAGGAAUACUAAGUCCCAUACAUGAUGUAAUUUACUUUCUCGUCAUCAUAUUCAAUCGAUCACGUCUACUUGAUAUAAGUUAUUCUAAAUUCAUACAUAGUUAAACAAGUUAUGAACUGCUAGAUGUAAAUCGCUUUUUUAUUUCUCAUGUAAGUGUCUAAUGUAUUCAUUUUUAAUUUCUUCAACGGUAUGAUUUUCGAAAUCAACGUUUUAAGCAAAAUUCGUGUACAUAUUAUUUUUUUAUUUGUGAUAGAUUUUAGUUCAAUAUAAUAUAAUCCAAAUAUACUAACGCCAACUAAAAGUUUGGUACAUAAAGUCAUAAUGUUAUCACUACUAUUGUAAGUUGUGAAUUAAAACUAAUUUAUAAUAAUUAAAUGUGUUUGGAAUUUUACAUCAUGCCUUUUCUGUCAACCGCUUGACAAAGAUUUCUAAUACCUUCCAUAGUAAAUGCGCUCCCGAGCAACGUAUAACAUGACCUUUACAUUCCAAAAAAAGCCUCGAAAUGAGAACACACAUGUCUCAUUAAAGAGAAAAUAAUAUUAGGCUAUGUUUUUUUAUUGACUAAAUAGUGACCGUGGUGAUUGCAGAUCGUGCCAUGCUUUUUGAGGAUAAAGGAGAGAAUGUACAGGAAAGGGAAUUAACCUUUAUUUUAUAUGAUAGCAUGACAAUAUUGCCAGCGAAAAUAGCUAAUUUACACCGUCUGCAGUCAGCAUGCGGUUAACGCACAAUGUUUGCUACCUUUAUAAGAGUUUUUUAACAUAUUUGUUUAAAAGUUUUUGUACCUCCUACGCAGUAGUUGAUCAAUAAAAUCAAUUGACAACAAUCCGCGUUGUGCCUGUGCCUUUAUGUCAAAAGAAUAUCAAAUAUUAAAAACAUGCGCACCAGGAGAUUAGAAAAAUCGAUGAAAUAAAACAUGCGCAAUGUCGAAUACUUCGACCUUACCGUACGCUUUGAAGCGCCUGGAUGUUUUUAUAUCAUUCAACUAUGCUCUAAAUUACUCCGUCAUAUAAAAAUAACAAAAAUGUUCGGUAACCCAAAGGAAUGUAAAUUUUUAAAUAAAAUGAUAAGACGUGUGAACAAUUUUGUGUUCUUUUUCAAUUUACGUCAAGGCACAAUUCUUAUAGCCGUCCAUCAAAUUGCGCUGUCUUCAUUUUUUUUGAUAAUACUGUUGGUUGGUAUUUCCCAUGCUGGCGAAAUGCUUACAUUACUUCACAAUGACAUGGAAGACGAUGCUGAGAGGCGAGGGUUUUAUGAAGUAGCUUAUGGCAACCAGUUAAGAUUUCACGAAGGCGAUGUUAUUAGUACUAAUAAUCAACGAAGAUUUGCUAAAGCCCAAGAUCUAGCAUCCGUAACGGUGAAAAUCCUCUACACCAGCACUAUUAUGACUUCGAUAUAUUUGCUGUGUUCCAUUAUGCUGCUCCACGGGGCCGUCAACUACAAGAAAGAGUACAUAUUACCCUGGACUUUAGUAGCGUUAAUUAAUCUGUUACUAUUGAUAUUUGCCAUCAGUAUCGGAGAGGGGCAUCCGUCCGUCAUCGAUCUUUUCAAUGGUCACACGAUGUACCACUUCACGAGUUCGCUAUUGCUGGCAUCAUUCAUGUACGCAAUAGCUACUGUGAUCAGUUUCUCCUAUGAAAUAUCGUCGAUGCAAUGCGCGCAGCAGUUCGCCGACGAGCGCGGCGAGCGGCUCCUGCUGCUCGACCACGCCGCGCACUCCAGUCUGCUCUCCGCCGCACAACUCAACAAGCUCUCAAACGGCACGCGCACGCACUUCGUAUAAAACCACACCACGGAUAUAUCAACCGAUUCUGCGAAGCGUUAGUCUCUUCAAAGAUAUAACUCUUUCUAUAGAAUGAGCUGAUGUAACGUCCCUAACAAGUUCAGUGCCAUCGGCUCGCCAGGCGAGUUCCCAACGAAAUAAUUCGUAAUGACACUGAACUUGUCCAAAUGUAUAAAAUAUUUUAAAGCUAUGAGCACAUCUGGUGCAUCAAUGUCGUAGAAAAAUAUUUUCAUAAAUCCUUCAGUUGAUGCAGCAAUUGCAUUUACAUUGUGAAAAUGUUACAACUUUUUCUAUAAUGUGACGCACUUUUUAAUGUUUUAUAGUUUUAGCGUUUAGUUAUAUGUGACAGACAGUAUAUAAUUAGCUGUAUAUAUGUAAUUAUUUAUGGCAAUGUAUAUAUAU